GAGUUUUCAGUCUGUGGGACAAAUCUUGUAUGCAUUUUGUGCCCCGGCUUUCAACUUCUUGAAGCUGCAGCUCUGACGUUGAGCAGCAUCUUUUACAAACCUUUUUGUUUUUCCUUUCUCCUGAUGGAUUUUCCCUUGAACUUGUAUUCAAUUGUGUCUACUUUACAAGGUAACCAUAACUGCUCUGUUUCGUUUUCUUAGUCAAGGAAGAAAGACUAUGGAUUUAUGGGUAGUUGCAGCAACUGCUGGUGUUGGAUAUGUAGCUAAAGCUAAUUACUUGAAGAAUUCUACAUCAAGAAUAACAGAGAGCUCAUUGAAAACUUGUUCUUUUGAGGUUCACAAUCACAGUCACAGCCACUCCCAUCCCUGGAACUUACUGCAGCAAAUUCGUGACAGAACUUGCCCCUUAUGCAGACUUCCCUCCCUUAAAGAAACAGCAACAAAUUUUCCUUUACAGAGAGAUUAUACAAGAGCUGCAGGUCGAAGCAUUACUGAUGGUGAACUGCUGUUACAGAAUUAUGGGAAUAAUAAAAGGAGGAGUGACGUCUUCAACUUGUCUAAUGAAUCAUUACCUGAAUUUCUAAUAGAAGAAGUGGGUUCUUUUCAAAGAUUACCAAAAGAUAGACAACAAAAAGGAAGUUCUAAUGGGUAUAUCAUGAAACAACUUAAUUUUUUGAAGUGUUAUCAUGCUGCUGAAUUGUACAGGGAGCAAAGCAGAUCAGAAGAGUAUGUGUAUAAUCCACUUCCAUCAGCAGAAACAUAUCUGAUAACCAGAGGUAGCCAUGCUACUGGAAAAGAGAUGGAUUUAGAAACACAAACUCAACAGUUGAUUCCAAGAAAAUCGAAGCAGCAUAUUGGAAUGGGACAGACUAGAUUGAGCAGGUCAAGUAGAAGUCUUCGAGGGUCUUCCAGUGAUGGUAUGCUUUUUUUGUUCCUGGGGAUAACCAUGGGCAUGAUGUCAAACAUUGGUGAUAACAGCAGAGAAAUAGACAAAUUAUGUGAACUGCUGAAGCAGACUGAGAACUUGAUUCAUGAAUUGCAUGAGGAACUCGAAACGAAAGAUCAGUUAACUUGGAAAGAGCUUGCCAACGCCAACGAGGGCUCGAAAUCCAAUGAACAUUCCUCCUGUAGCACACCUACUGCAUCUUCCAAAAACCAGGAACCAGAUAAAUAUACAAAAUUUGACAGCAGAGAACUACAGAAUGAGAAGAUGAAGAACUCUGAAGCAAUGAGUAAAAUUGAGGCAGAGCUUGAAGCUGAACUAGAGAGAUUGGAACUAAACAUGAAAAGAAGUAGCAUGGGGAGUAUUUUUCAGAAGGAUUCUAACUUUGAAGAUUUUGAUCCAGACAAGGCCAACGAGAAACCUUUCAAUUUAUCUGAAUCAGACCAUGAUGUAAGUGGAACCUCCUCUGCUCACACUCAAACAGCAAGCGGUGUUCUUUCACCUCAGGAGCUGAGCUUGCGUCUUCACAAGGUAAUUGAAUCAAGACUCAGAGCACGCAUUAUAGAACUAGAGGCAGCACUUGAAAAUAAACAGAAGAGGCUGCAUGCCAUUGUCUUGGAAUCUGAUAGCAGCAUAGUUCCUUCAAGGGACUUGUAUAGGAAAGAGAAACCAUCAUCUACACAGGUUGGCAUAAACUUCACAGAUCAAGUUAGUGACAUAGAUGAAGCUUCAUACGAGUAGAGUUAAGGUUAUGAGGAGAGUAUUAAGAGUGGGGAAGCAGAUGAAGAAGCUACUCCCUAGACAUUAAAUAUGGCAUUUAUAAAUGAGAAACAGAUGCAUUCUUUAGACAAGUAGCCAAUGAAGAAGGAAGAGGUUCAAUUGAUGGAGUUAAGAGCCUGAACCAUCAAGACAACCAAUAUCAAAGCUCGAGUUUCAAUUUGAGAAGAGGAAAUUGACAAAAGAUGACAUAAGAGAGUUAGAUAAUUUGGAGUACCAUCCUGAGAUGCUUAAAGAGUACCUUCAGGGAACAGAUCAGGCUCACUUUGUGUA